GACGACUCCUUCAGUUUGUUUAGUACCGGGGCGACCUGCGUUUAGACACCCGAUGUUUUCACAAUGCGGAUCUAACUUCAACAACAGCUGGGCUUUUUAAAAUAAUAAUUAUUUUUAGCGUUUCUUACGGCUAGUUACCAAUCCAUCCGAUUAGAAUUCACAUCUAUAAGGAAGUUUUGUUUUUUUUAACGAGAGGGGAGGGAGGGCGGGGGGGUUACCCACAUAUAAUAAACAGUAACGUAAUAGACGCUUAAUUGCGAUUUAUUAUGGAGGAGAAGAAGGAGAAGGAGGGCGAAGCGGAGAUCCAGGAGCACGGUCCCGAACAUUGGUUCUCCAAAUGGGAGCGGCAGUGUUUGGCCGAAGCGGAGCGACAGGAGCCGAGCGACGACGAGUCGGAGCAAAGUCAGCAAAAACUAUGGCAUCUUUUCCAAAAUUCAGCCACUGCGGUCGCACAGCUAUACAAAGACAGAGUUUGUCAACAGCAGGGUCUAUCUCUCUGGGUUCCCUUCCAGAACGCAGCUACUGCCGUCACCAACCUAUACAAAGAGUCACUAGAGUCCCACCAGCGGAGCUAUGAGUUGGGGGUCCAGCGGGCGUACCAGCGUCGUAACAAAGACAUGCUGGCCUGGGUGAAGAAGAGGAGGAGAAACAUCAGGAGGGAGGACCUCAUCAGCUUUUUGUGUGGCAAGGCCCCGCCCCCACGCAACCCCCGUCGCGACGCACAGACACCCAAACACGGCCACGCCCUCUCUGUGAUGUCACCUGGCAGGCCGCCGUCCACGGAGAGCGGGUCGUCUGUCGAGGCUGACCUGCAGCCCUUCAGAGAGGCCAUCGCACUGCACGGCCUGAGUGGGGCGAUGGCCAGUAUAUCCGUUCGUUCCGGUGCCCCUGGCUCUCCGACGCACCUAACACGCGACAGCCCCGUCACUCCGCAGCCGGGUCGUAACCGUAGGAACGGUCUCCACGACGUCGACCUGAACACCUUCAUCGCCGAGGAGAUGGCGCUCCAUUUGGAGAACGCCGCGGCAACCGCUGCAGCCAAUAGGAAGAGGGCGUCUGCCCAGUGCAGUGACGUCAUCACAGACUCGCCCACCCAUAAACGCAACCGGAUGCUCUGAGUGUCCCCGGAUAUCACACACUAACACACACACACACACACACGCUCAAGGCACGUUUCUCACACACACACAUACACUAGAUAUUUCUACUUUGCUGUCGCGGCCCGAACUGAUUGGAUGAUGACUCGUCCACCAGGCCGGCCAAUCAAACCCUCCCAACCUGGCACCUCCCCCUCUGUUGUUUAAAAAAAAAAAGAGAGAAAUGUAAAUUAUUAAAAAGCCACUUAUCCCCUCCUCCCUCUCUGUCAUCCCUCCUUCCUGUGUUCCCUCCUUUCCUCGUGGUUGGCAUGACAACGACUUGGAAUGAUAGCACAAACAGACUGGUAGCUCACCAGCAGCCUGUCUAGACCACUGGGAUGAAACUGUUGGCCAUGUGUUCUGAGUGGUGGGACAUACCUGUCCCCCCUGUUACUAGAGGUGUGUUGGGGUCCUGAGGCCUAGAAGCCUUCCUGUAUAGUAGCUCCUCCCCCCUCCUGUUUACUAGAGGUGUGUUGGGGUCCUGAGGCCUAGAAGCCUUCCUGUAUAGUAGCUCCUCCCCCCUCCUGUUUACUAGAGGUGUGUUGGGGUCCUGAGGCCUAGAAGCCUUCCUGUAUAGUAGCCCCUCCCCCCUCCUGUUUACUAGAGGUGUGUUGGGGUCCUGAGGCCUAGAAGCCUUCCUGUAUAGUAGCCCCUCCCCCCUCCUGUUUACUAGAGGUGUGUUGGGGUCCUGAGGCCUAGAAGCCUUCCUGUAUAGUAGCCCCUCACCUCUCAAGCGACUGUGGCUCUUGUCUCCCUCCUCUCUGUGUGUGUGUUGGACAGAACUGCCACUAAGUGUGUGUGUGACUUGUCUUUGCCUUUUGAGGAAGCUGCUAUCUCUGGCACAGUGGGAAGUUCUGGGGUGUGUUUCUGCCAGCACGUGUGUGUGUGUGUGUGUGUGUGUGUGUGGCUGUGUGUGUGUGUGUGUGUGUGCGGCUGUGUGUGUGUGUUCGUUGAGCACAAUCCUGACUGGAUUCAUGUGUAUUUGUGUUUUGUUUUAUAAAGCCUCCACCCCAAUAGCUCUUCCUGUCUCCUCUCUCUAACCCUUUAACCCCAAGUCCUCUUAUCUACAGUGUAUAUACAUUAUGACAACUAGGUUCUGCUGUUGUAUGAUGCAGACAUACAUGUGGUACAUAUUGUAAAAAAUAAAUAAAAUAAUGUGAAAAAAAAAGAAAUGUUUAAAAUGUUAAAUAAUGAUUCUGGCAUUAAACCUUUUAACUAUGAA